CACCACCCAUAACACGACCACCGUUGCCGCCGCCGCCGACCCGUCUUCGACAAGCUAGCCCCAUGGCCGGACGGGCUUCGCCGUGGCCUCUAGGGCUUCUUAUAGUUCUCCUCACCCUCACAGCAUCCCCCCAGCUCUCCCUCUCCAAGGAUGCGGACGUCCUCCUCAAGUUCAAGGACGCGCUGGCCGGCGGCGACGCUGCGCUCCGUGACUGGGUCAAAGGCACGACGCCAUGCAACGGGAAGGUCCGGCUGUGGACCGGCGUCAUUUGCGACGGCGGAGGGAACGUCCACGGGCUGCAGCUGCAGAACAUGAAGCUCUCGGGCGAGCUGUCGAUCGACGCCCUCGUCGACCUGCCGGCCCUCCGCACCCUGAGCUUCACCAACAACGACCUGGAGGGGCCCAUCCCGGACAUCACGAAGCUGCCGGCGCUCAAGAACAUAUACCUGUCCAACAACAACUUCUCCGGCGAGAUAGACGGCGGCCUGUUUAACAAGUUACGGUCCCUCAAAAAUGUGUCCCUGUCGAGCAACCAGUUCACGGGGCCGAUCCCGACAUCGCUUGUCGGGCUGACGAAGCUCCUGGAGCUGAAGCUGGACGACAAUAAGUUCGAGGGGCCCAUACCGGAUCUCCGGCAGCCGUCGCUAAAACUGGUGAACGUGUCCUACAACACCCUGGAGGGACCGAUUCCGGCUGGGCUCAGCUGGAUGAACCCGAGCUUGUUUGAAGGCAAUAAAAAUCUUUGCGGUCCACCACUUGAUGUCCCAUGCAGAAAACCAUCAUCGAAGAAGAAGCCCUCCCCCCUUCUUAUAGUUGUCAUCAUAGUGAUAGCUAUCGGAGUACUACUGGCGAUCAUUGGCGCGAUCAUGUUCAUGCGCCGCCGCCAUCAUGAACAGAUAGAAUCAGGUGUUCUUUCGCCCAGCAAAACGAAGAAGAUUGAUCCUUCGGAGGCAGACAAGCUGGAACAGAUCUCAGUGGAGUCCAGAGGAGCAGGGAAUAAGGUCGCAGAAGAAGAACAUGGGAAGCUGAUGUUUGUGAAGGAGGGGGUGCAGAGUUUCGAGCUACACGAUCUGCUCAAGGCUUCCGCCGAGGUGCUGGGUUGUGGGAACUUUGGGUCCUCGUACAAGGCCGUCCUUUUUGACGGUCCGGCGGUGGUCGUCAAGAGGUUCAACAACAUGAAUGCCGUAGAGAGGGAAGACUUCCAGGAGCACAUGAGAAGGCUGGGGAGAUUGUCGCACCCCCAUCUGUUGCCCCUGAUGGCCUACUACUACAGGAAGGAGGAGAAGCUCUUGGUCACUGAUUUCAUCCCUAAAGGUAGCUUGGCUCAUAUGCUCCACGGUAGAAAUGGCUCUAACCUUCCACCAGUUGAUUGGCCCACACGCUUAAAAAUAGUGAAGGGUGUAGCAAGAGGCCUCGCAUUCCUCUAUGAGGAGCUCCCCAUGUUAACAGUACCUCAUGGCCAUCUUAAGUCCUCCAAUGUGCUUCUUGACGACUCCUUUGAGCCCCUCCUCACAGACUAUGCCCUGGAACCAGUGAUAAACCGGACGCACGCCUCGCAGAUCAUGGUGGCCUACAAGUCCCCAGAAUGCGCAGAACGCGGCAGACCAUCCAGAAAAAGCGAUGUAUGGAGCUUUGGGAUAUUAAUCCUCGAGCUUUUGACGGGGAAGUUUCCAGCCAAUUAUCUGCGGCAGGGCCGAGCAGGCAUGGACUUGGCGAGCUGGGUGAACUCGGUGGUGAGAGAAGAGUGGACUGGUGAAGUGUUCGACAAGGAGAUGAGUGGGCCUAAGAAUGGUGAGGGAGAGAUGCUGAAGUUGUUGCAGAUUGGAUUGGGUUGCUGCGAGACGGAUGUUGAUAAGAGGUGGGAUCUGAGGAUGGCGCUCGAAAAGAUCGAAGAGUUGAGAGAAAAGGAAAGUGAGGAGGAGUUCUCUUCGUAUGCAAGCGAGGGUGACGCGAAUUUCUCAAAGGCUAUGACUGAUGACGACUUCUCUUUCUCUACAAACCACUCAUGAGUUGCUCGGUGGGGAAAGGUUGGAGACCAUGUGUUUGAGCAUUUACAUUUCAGUUUGAAGCUUUGUUAGGUGGAUUAGUGGUGGCCUAGUUUUCUUCUCUAUAAACUUUUAAGUGUGUAGACUGGUAGAUUCGAUUCGUAAUAAUUUGAAGGAUGCGCUGUAGGAGUUGUGCUCGAA